AUAGUUUCCGCACGUGAAAACCAAAACACAUCGUUUAUUGAAUUUUAUUAAUUAUAGCGUGAAUUAUUAGUUGUUGAAAGGUGGAACUAGUUUAAUAUUGUCAAAUAAUGUUUGUGUUAUACGAAACACCCGCUGGUUAUGCGAUUUUCAAGCUUCUGGAUGAAAAGAAGAUCAAGGAAGUUGAUAAUUUAUAUCUAGAAUUCGAUACUCCAGAAAGGGCUAAUAAAAUAUUGAAAUUGAAGCAUUUUGAGAAGUUUAAGGACACAACAGAAGCUUUAAGUGCAGCCACAGCAGCUGUCGAAGGAAAAUUGUCUAAAACUUUGAAAAAGACAUUAAAAAAAUUAACAGAUGAAGAUGUUCAGAAUCAAUUGUUGGUUGCUGAUGCUAAGCUUGGAAGUGCUAUAAAAGAGAAAUUGUCAUUACAAUGUGUCUCAAAUACUGGAGUACAAGAAUUGAUGAGAUGUAUUCGUUCACAAUCAGAAAGUUUAUUGGCUGGAUUACCAAAAAAGGAACUUACAGCAAUGACACUCGGUUUAGCACAUAGCUUGAGUCGUUAUAAGCUUAAAUUCAGUCCUGAUAAAAUUGAUACAAUGAUUGUUCAGGCACAAUGCUUGUUGGAUGAUUUGGAUAAAGAAUUGAAUAAUUACAUGAUGAGAGCUAGAGAAUGGUACGGAUGGCAUUUUCCAGAAUUGGGAAAGAUUCUUACCGAUAAUGUUGCAUUUAUUAAGACAAUCAAACUUGUUGGAAUGCGAGAAAAUUUCCACGAAAUUGAUUUAUCUGACAUUUUGCCGACAGAUAUUGAAGAAAAGGUCAAGGAAGCUGCAGAAGUUUCAAUGGGUACUGAAAUUUCUGAAGAAGAUAUCAUUAACAUUCGUCAGUUGUGUGACGAAAUUCUCGCAAUUCACGAAUAUCGUACACAUUUAUACGAUUAUUUGAGAACAAGAAUGAUGGCAAUUGCUCCAAAUUUAACAGUUUUGGUUGGUGAUACAGUCGGUGCACGUCUUAUUGCUCAUGCUGGAUCAUUAGUGAAUUUAGCUAAACAUCCAGCAUCAACAGUACAAAUUUUGGGUGCUGAAAAGGCUUUAUUCAGAGCGUUAAAGACUAAGAAAGAUACACCAAAGUACGGUCUUAUCUACCAUUCAGCAUUAGUUGGUCAAGCAAGUACAAAGAAUAAAGGAAAAAUCUCUCGAUCACUUGCCGCAAAAGCAUCAUUGGCAACUCGUGUUGAUGCCUUUGGUGAAGAAUCUACAUUCGAUAUGGGCACAGAACAUCGUGCACGACUCGAAACUCGUCUUAGAAUUCUCGAAGAAGGAAAUAUGAGAAAAUUAACUGGAAGUGGAAAAGUUAAAGCAAAGUUUGAAAAGUAUCAGGCAAAGAGUGAAAUCAAAUUAUAUCCAGUUGAAGAGGAUAAUCAAAUACCAAUUGUUAUGAGCAAGAAACGAAAGUUGGAGUCCGAUAAGCCAUUAAUCGAGGAAAUUAAAUCAGAGGAAGUAGAAGAAACAGGCGAAACAUCAACAGAACCUGCAAAGAAAAAGAAAAAGAAGAACAAGAAUAAAUCUGAGGAUGCUGAAACAUCACAAAUUGAAGUUCAGGACGAAACGGAAGUGCCAAAAAAGAAAAAGAAAAAAAAUAAGGGAAAUGCAGAAGAAUCAAUGACAGUCGAUGAAUCUUUAAUUGACACAACAGUCGACGAGCCACAAUCAGAAAAGAAGAAGAAGAAGAAGAAAAAGGCAAAGGAAUCGACUGAUGACGAGUAGAUUGUUCUGUUGAGAAUCGACAUCAAAUCACGAUGAAUAUUUGGACUGCUGAGAAUCAACAUGACUAUUUGCAGGAACUUCAAUAAUAAUAUGAUUAGCUUGUAAACCAUCUUCCCUUUAAAAGAUUAAUGAAUUUUAUUUUAAAUAACUUGAAAUAAAUUUUUUUCAAUAUAUUAAAAAG